AUGAGAAAUCACACAGCUAUAACAACUUUCAUUCUGCUGGGACUGACAGAUGACCCACAAAUGAAAACUCUGCUUUUUAUCUUCCUAUUUCUUACCUACAUAUUGAGUGUGACGGGAAACUUGACUAUUAUUACCCUUACAUUGAUGGACUCCCACCUUAAAACUCCUAUGUACUUUUUUCUCAGAAAUUUCUCUUUCUUAGAAGUCUCAUUUACCACUGUCUGUAUUCCUAGAUUCCUUUACAGUAUAUCAACAGGUGAUAAUACUGUGACAUACAAUGCUUGUGCCUGUCAAAUAUUUUUUGUUAUUCUCUUUGGAGCAACCGAAUUUUUCCUCCUGGCCGCCAUGUCCUAUGAUCGCUACGUAGCUAUCUGUAAACCCCUGCAUUACAUGACCAUCAUGAGCAACAGAGUCUGUGCCUUGUUAGUCCUCUGUUGUUGGGUAUCUGGCUUGAUGAUCAUUAUCCCUCCACUUAGUUUGGGUCUUCAGCUUGAAUUCUGUGAUUCCAAUGCUAUUGAUCACUUUAGCUGUGAUGCAGGACCCCUACUGAAAAUUUCAUGUUCAGAUACUUGGGUGCUGGAGCAGUUAAUUAUACUUGUGGCUGUAUUUGCACUCAUUAUCACACUAGUGUGUGUGGUUCUGUCCUAUACAUAUAUAAUCAGGACAAUUCUAAGAUUCCCCUCAGCUCAGCAAAGAAAAAAGGCCUUUUCUACUUGCUCAUCCCACAUGAUUGUAGUUUCCAUCACUUAUGGGAGUUGUAUCUUCAUCUACAUCAAGCCAUCAGCAAAGGAUGAGGUGGCAAUAAAUAAAGGUGUUUCAGUGCUCACAACUUCUGUAGCCCCCUUGUUGAAUCCCUUCAUCUAUACCUUAAGGAACAAGCAAGUGAAACAAGCUUUCAAUGACUCUAUAAAGAGGAUGACAUUUCUAUCAAAGAAGUAA